ACAGUACAUCAGGAAGUUUGUAACUGGAUUGUGCUGCUUCACGCCUGGAGAGAUAAGUGACCAGCGAUCCUUCAUCCUGAGGUUCUCUCUCUCUCUCUGCGCUACCGGUUGGCUCUCUUUUCUUUCCUCUUUGCUAGUUCUUCACUUCUUCUCUGCCUCUCACUUCUUUCCCUCAACCAUGCCUCCGACCGUGGCCUCAGCGUAUGCCAGGCGCUGGUGGAUGGCAGUGACUGCUAUCAUUGAGAAUCUGCUGUUCUCCGCCGUGCUGUUGGGAUGGGGAUCUCUUCUAAUCAUGCUCAAGUCAGAAGGCUUCUACUCGUAUCUCUGCAACGAGGAGGAUUUAGGUAACAACUCCAGCCACAAUCUAUCCCAUUCCCUGGCAACGCCAACGCCUGACGAGUAUGCUGACUAUUAUGAAAGUGUGGGUGGUGUAGUGGGUCUGGGAGAUGGUGUGGAGAUGAGGCCCCUGGUUCCUGUGGAUGAGCCCAUGAGGAUGAACGGUUGGCUGAUCUGUAAGGAGCAGGAUGAAAUGCUGAACCUGGCUUUCACAGUGGGCUCCUUCCUGCUAUCAGCCAUCACUCUGCCACUGGGGAUUGUCAUGGAUAAAUACGGGCCUCGUAAUCUACGACUGCUGGGCAGCACAUGCUUUGGAUUGUCAUGUCUAAUGAUUGCUUAUGGAGCCUACAAGCCAAAUGAACUCUCUGUCCUUAUCUUCAUUGCCUUGACUUUCAACGGCUUCGGUGGCAUGUGCAUGACCUUCACCUCUCUCACACUGCCUACCAUGUUUGGGAACCUCCGUUCCACCUUCAUCGCCCUGAUGAUUGGCUCCUACGCCUCCUCUGCUGUCACCUUCCCUGGUGUCAAGGUGAUCUAUGACGUUGGUGUACCUUUCAUCACUAUUCUGGUGGUGUGGGCUUCUUGUGCUGGACUGGUUUUCUUAAACUGCUUCUUCAACUGGCCACUGGAACCAUUCCCAGGACCAGAUGACAUGGACUACACUGUGAAGAUUAAGUUCAACUGGCUGGGCUUUGACCACAAAAUCACAGGACAGCAGUUCUACCACCAAGUGACCACAGUAGGCCAGCGCCUCAGUGUGGGCAACAGCCUGAAGCAGAAGGAGCUAGCUACUAAAGACGGCCACAAGCUCUGCCUCUCCACCAUGGACCUGGAAAUGGACUGCAAGCCACAAGAAGAGUCCCAGUCAUUCUUGAAAACUAUCUCCAGCACCGUCUUCAUGCUCAGUCUGGUGACCAUGUCUGUCACUCAGCUGCGUCUCCUGUUCUACAUGGGGGCCAUGAACAGUGUCCUGGAGGCGCUCAGUGAUGGAGACCUCAACAAAGUGAGCCUGUACUCCUCCAUCUUCGGUAUGCUGCAGUUGCUUUGCCUGAUGACUACUCCCGUGAUUGGUCAGAUUAUGGACUGGAAACUGAAGGACUGUGAUGAUGGCGAGGAAGCAAAGGAUCCCUGCAGCAAGGGUGAACCAAAGAAGAAGCGCAGAGACAAAAAAAUCCAGAAGGUGACCAAUGCCCUGCGAGCAUUUGUCCUCACAAACGUCCUUUUAGUGGGAUUUGGGAUCACUUGCCUUGUGCCUAAUCUUCCCCUGCAGAUUGUAUCAUUUGUCCUACACACCGUGGUGAGAGGAUUCAUCCACUCUGCUGUUGGUGGCCUCUAUGCUGCUGUGUAUCCCUCAUCCCAGUUUGGCAGUCUAACAGGCAUGCAGUCUCUGGUCAGUGCUGUCUUUGCUCUGCUGCAGCAACCCUUGUUCAUGGCUAUGAUGGGACCCCUGGAGGGAGACCCAUUCUGGGUCAAUAUCGGACUCUUCGGUCUCAGUAUGCUGGGCUUUUUGCUGCCUCUCUACCUGGUCUACUACAGACAGACGCUCUACAAAGAGAAUAGACAGAAGGAAGAUGACGCUAAGAUCUACAUCAAGAUCAAUGGCUCAGACAUCCCUGAGGCCUUUGUCUAGAGAGAUGUGAAUGCGGAGAAAUGAAACAGAGAAUGAAGAAAUAUUCCUUACUUAGAAACAUUGGCAAAUGUACAUGAAGACAACUGAAAAUCAUAAAUAUCACAUUUUAACAUAUAACAUCAAGCACACACAUACAGACUGCCACAUCCAUUUUUUUCUAAAUCCCACCAAGAUAAACUGAUGCCGCAGUUGUCAUGGAAACAAGUACAUUGGACAGUCGCUGACGGGAAAAUGAAACGUUGAGGGGAAAAGAAGAACAAGAGAGAGGAAAGACUGUGAAAGGAAAGAGGUAUCAACCCUCUGUAUUCCCCCCAAAUCCUCUGACUUCUCUUUUUAUUCCCUCCUCUGCAGAGCGGCACAUUAGUGCACCUCCAUUCCACUUAAGACUGCUUUAAUAUUCCCCAUAGGAGCAGAAAAUGGGAAAACAGAGCUUGUUUCUCCAGCUGUGAAUCCAGCAAAACUGAUAAAUGUCACUCUUACAACAAGUGGGUCUAUCACUAUGAGGUUUUUGUUUUGUGUUUAAUGUGUUGACUUUAAAUCAUCCUUAUUUUGAAUCCAAUAACGCGGUGCUACCUAUUUAUCCAUCAGCUGUGUUUUCUGAUCGAUGGUGAAAGGUAAGUGUGGACUAAAUGGCAUUAAUGAGUGACAGGGAGGAGAGAAGGACUGUAUUGCCGUAUUGUUUCUUGGGCGAAGAGAAAAGGCAAGUCAUGAUUAAUUAUGGGGCUGGAUUUUUUUUACUUUUUUUUUUUUUAGGAAGCUUAUUACAGUGUAAAACUACUGUAGCAUAUAAUAUACUGUAGUGUGCCAUGUAUGUAAGUUUUUGAGACUUUUUCUGUCUUCUGUUAGAGGGACAUCAAACAAACUGCAGUAUGUAUUUUGCUAAAAGGAAAAUGUCCAUGUAUGUUUAGAAUAUUUAUUUAAUUUCCUGUUUUCUUUAGUUUUUAUACUUUACCAGAUGUGCCUUUUGAAUAUACUUCCAUGCAAAAGAGAAAAUUAAGCAGCAUGCUAACUUAACACUGUCCAUUCUUUGCAUUACAUGGUAUUACCAGUUAUACAUUGAGGGUGUUUAUUUUAACAUUUAGAUACUUAAACUUCUCCCAAGUUUAUCCAUAAGAUAUCAUUGUGUAAAAGUCAGUAUUUCUGUUGAGAGAAAUUCAGCACUUUAUACCCUGUUAAUCCCUCAGUUUCACACACAUUCCACACCUGCUCAUUUCAGCACUUCUCUCCUGAUGCCUCUCUUGAGAAAUAGUCCCAUUUUUAAUUUUUGAGCUCCUCCUCCUACCUUCAUUAAUGUAUUUAUUUUAUUUUACUCUCACUUCUUCCAUAAAAUAAAAUGUCAUGAUGUAUUUAAAUUGCACUGUGCCAGCAACCGUACACGUGUCGUAUACUGGGUUGUUUGCAUAGAGCUCUUUCUUAUAUCACUGAAGAUAAUAUAGAGAUGUUUUGUUAUGCAGGCAUUCCUCUUGGA